CGUUAGUUAUAAAAAAAAUCCCAAAGUACACAUGUUUGACAUUCACCGCCUUUGUAUAAGGCAGUGAAUGCAAUCCCCGCCGAGAAGAAAGGCGGGAAAAGAUACACCGCGUUUAACAAAAACGGUGAAACUUCACCGUGUUUGUUUAUAGCAGUGAAGAAAUCACCGCCUUAGAGCAAAGUGGGGAAUGCCUUCACCGUGCUAGGUUAAGGUGGGGAAACUAUUCACCACGCUAGGUUACGCCAGUGAUAGUUUUCCACGUUUUCCAGCCCUAGUAGGUGGAAAUUAGGUCACAACCACCUAGUUCACCGCCUUAGGGCAACGCAUUGAUCACCUUCACCGCAGUCAACAAAGGCGGUGAAUGCUCCUUGUUUUUCAUAUAAAUACCCCUCCCACGAGCAGUUGGAAAAACACUCUCCCCCUCUCUCCUCUAUCAAAUUUAAGCAAAAAUCCCAGCAACAUACCUACAAAAGCAAUUUUUCGGUAUGAUUUAAUUUUGUAUUGUUUAUAUAAUGAUGUUUUAGUAGUUAUAUGUGUUUGAGCCUAGAAUACACUAGGCGGUUAUGAGGCUCCGAUCUGGACUCCUUCGUCUGAUCUCCUCGAGAGUGGAAGAACCUGUGAGGCGGGGGGCGGCCCCCGGGAUCUACGCUCCGACGCCCAAGUUAGUACGACGAUAUAGGAAGCGGUUUAUGGUAUGUAGAGAGAGAGAGAGAGAGAGAGAGAGAGUUUAGAGAGAGACCUUAGGCUAGGAGUGUGGGAAGGGAAGAGAGGAUCCUUGGCUUAGGGGCUUUGGCCUCCUUAUAUAGGGCUUGGGGCCUCCUUAAGUGGGCUUGGGCCCGUUUAUAGUCAUGUAGACAUAUUAAUUCAUAUCCCAACAAUAUGUAUGUAAUGAAUUACUGUUCGUAGCAAAUAUGUUAUGUUAGUUAUGAAUUUACGUUAUUGUUAGUUAGUUGAAUUUAUGUUAUGUUAGUUACGAGAUGGAGUAAUAUUAUUUUCGUAGUCGUAAAAUAUGGUUUUAGUUAAUUUUAUUGAACUUAAGCUAAUAGUUACUUAUUGUAAAUUGCAUAUAUGGGUAAAUUUAAGAAGUUUCUGCUUAUUAUUCGUGGAAUGACAUGGUGAAGAACUCUGACAUUGUGAUUGAUUAUGAAGACGGUGAAUCCACUAUGUUGAAAAUUGAGUCGCGAUUCACGUGGCAAGAACUCUGUGACAUUUGUGCAGAUAGGGUUUGUACGAGCGGACAGACGAGAGUUGGUAAAAUUACUUACCAGUAUCCAGGCAUGAGUGCUGACGGGGUUGUGUACCAAGAAGUUGUCAUAAACGAUGAUGAUGCGGUUAUCAUGAUAUUACAGUUCCUCAGCAAUAAUGGGAUGCGGCUUGCAGAGGUGUAUGUUGAGCCCGAGGUGGUCGGUGAAACUCAUUCUCACCAGUAUUCUUAUGAUGAUGGUUUUGCAGGAAGGUACGAAUGGGGUGGUAGUUCAAGCAACUACGAAAGAGGUGGUUACACAGGAGGGUACGAAUUGGGUGGUAGUUUAAGCAACUACGGAGAAGGUAGUUCUGCAAGAGGUGUGACAUGGGAAGAAUACCCGCAACAUGCUCAGCCUGUCCCAUUUGUUGAGCCCGACAACAUUCAAUGGCAUGCUUGGGGGCCAGAGUGGGCUGACAUUGAGAACACCCUUCGAUCUGGGUGUACUUCGCACGAGCGAGAAGACGAUGCUGGUGAUGCAGGUCAUGAUGAUCAUCCUGGGCCGAGCUGUCCAUUCUCCUCCACUGACGAGGGAAGUGAAGAAGAUUUGAGAUCAGUCUGUGAGGAGGAAGAUACGGACGAGAUCGACUAAGAUGAGGUGGCGUUCUGUGAGGCACCAACGCAAUACUAAAUACAGGUCCCAACUCUUUUCCCCGAUCGUGUCCCAGUCACCGGUGAGCAAUGGCAACCAUAUGUCUUGAAUCCAUCUGUUUGCCUUGUCGGGAACAGAAUUCCACCGACCAAACCAAUGAGGUAGAUGCGUGCAUAGCGCUCCACUUGAUCUUCCGGAGUGUCUGGGCCUAUUUGAACCUCAUUUCGGAUGUGAGCAACGAGCCACGGGAUUGACACUUGUCCCGCAUUCAACGAUGGAUGCCCCCGUCCUUGGACUGGAGUGGUGGUCGGCAUGUCAAAGCCCAAACUGCACGGGAGCGAUGUGCUUCUUGCUCGGAUAAAUACUUCGUAUCUCGUGGCCCAUAAUGGAUAGACAAUCGAGGAUCGUAUAUCUCAGCACCUAUCUAUAAAAAAAGUAAUGAAAUAAGAUUGUUUUG